AUGUUAAAACUGUUGAUGUUACUCACCUGUAGAGAUCGGAAAGAAAGAAAAUUAUACACAGACGAUUGGAUGCUGGGUGAAGAAGAUGACAUAGAGGGUAGGAGAUCGUUUCGCCUUGAAGAUAAAAUGGAGACUGAUAAAUUUACGACGACGUGUUUCGUAAAGGAAAUGAAUGGAGCCGAUUUAACGUUGGCUUAUUUACAAAAACACGGUUUUAACACGCCGAUGCUUUUCCGGGAGAAAACUGGAUUGGGAAUACGAGUACCCACACAAGAAUUUACCGUGACACACGUCAAAAUGUGCGUGGGUUCGAGAAGAAUAUUAGACGUCAUGGAUGUAAACACUCAAAAAAAUCAAGAGAUGACAAUGAAAGAAUGGUGUCGGUAUUACAAUGAUCCCAACAAGGACAGGUUACUCAAUGUUAUAUCCCUCGAGUUUAGUCAUACGAAAUUAGAAAAUUACGUUCAAAGUCCGACGAUAGUUCGGCUGUUGGAUUGGGUCGAUUGCGUAUGGCCAGCUCAUUUAAAAGAAGCCCAAACGGAAGCAACAAACGCCAUAGAUGACAUGAUGUACCCGAAAGUGCAAAAAUACUGUUUAAUGUCGGUCAAAGGAUGCUACACGGAUUUUCAUAUAGAUUUUGGGGGAACGAGCGUUUGGUAUCACAUUCUCAAGGGUAGUAAGAUUUUUUGGUUAAUACCGCCCACGGAACGAAACGUGGCUUUGUACGAACAAUGGGUACUCUCGGGAAAGCAGGGAGAUAUAUUUUUCGCCGAUAACGUGGAAAAAUGUCAAAGGGUGACUUUGACCGCGGGUAACACAUUUUUCAUACCCACGGGUUGGAUACAUGCAGUGUACACGCCGAUGGAUUCGUUGGUGUUCGGUGGUAAUUUUUUACACUCCUUCGGAAUCGAAAGGCAACUUAAAAUUGCUCAGGUUGAAGAUACCACUCACGUACCUCAAAAAUUUCGGUAUCCUUUUUUUACGGAAAUGUUGUGGUACGUACUAGAAAAAUAUGUACAUUGCCUUCUCGGUCAAUCUCAUUUGGACGACGUACCUCCUAGUUCUAACCCGCCUUCCGGACCGCCUCCUAAACAUGUUCACCUAACACCUCAGGAACUUCACGGUUUAAAAGCCAUUGUCAUGUACCUUCAUUCCUUACCUACAAAUAGAAAAAAUGUACCGGAAUUAAUAAAAGAUCCGAUAGCUUUGGUUAAGGACGUGAGAACGGUUGUCGAGCAACACAGGCACGAUAAUCCAGAAUUGGCUGUAACCGGGAAAAGUGUCCUUAGAACGGGAAUGGAGGAUGGAAGAAUAAGAAAGGGUAGAAUUCCACUGAUGAAAAAUGCGGAAAAUCGUACUCCAAAACUACACAAAAUGGCUCAUCGAUCGCCAGCAGCAAAAGGAAGCGGACCAAGACGACGGAGGACGCGAUGUAAAAAAUGCGAAGCUUGUCAAAGAAACGAUUGCGGAGAAUGUAGUUUCUGUUUGGACAUGGUCAAAUUCGGAGGACCAGGUAGAGCCAAACAAACUUGUGUCAUGAGACAGUGUCUUCAGCCCAUGUUGCCAGUUACUGCGGCUUGUCUGACGUGUGGUUUGGAUGGUUGGGGACAACAACCUGUCAUUCCCAUACAAAAAAUACCUCGCGACACACCUAGCACUCUCAUGGAAUGUAGUGUGUGUUACGAGAUAGCUCAUCCGGAAUGUUACACCAAAAGUUUUCCAGGACUCGAGGGAGUCGUCAAUGAAGAUUUACCAAAUAGUUGGGAAUGUCCGAAAUGUUGUAAGGACGGGAAAAAUGUUGAAUAUAAACCUCGGCAUUUUAGAGCGAGGCAAAGAUCAACAGAUAUUAGAAGAAUGUCAGUCAGUAGCGAUGCUAUGGAUAAUAAAGAUAAUAUUAAAACAGAACCAAUGGAGGAUAGCGAAAGUCGAGAUAGCGAAGGUUUUAGUCGACCUGCAACUCCUGCACAAUUGAGCGAACUCCCAAAAAGGCCUAAAUUGGAACCCAAAGAAGACAGAUCAUCUCCCACGGAUAAAUCGAGCUUUUUUUUCGACGGUUUACGAGGACCCUCAGCCGCAUCCACGCCCAUUAAACACAGUAGAAGUUCGGAAGACGUGUCGAGUUCGAAUAAUUCAUCGUCCGGACCCCCGACAACGGAACCUCGCAAAUCGGCCUUAAGAACUCAGCUGGCUCAACAACUCACCGGAAACAGUAACAAAGUGUUAAAGAGACCCGUUUACGUCGUGAGACCAGCAACCGGAGUCCGGCAAAACCUCGUCGUCAAAGAUAACAAUUUGGCUCUCGAAAGGAGUUGCAUAGUUCCCGUGUUUCGUUAUUUGACUCCGAUGGAACUCGUCGAAUGUUCUCUCGUUUGCCGUGCCUGGGCCAGGUACAGUUUGGAACCGAGCCUGUGGCGUAAAAUGGAUUUAUCUCACAAGAGGCUGACGGCGAGUCAUUUGGCGGGCAUCGCAAGGCGUCAACCCGAAGCUCUCAUAUUAGAUUGGACUAACAUUGCGAAAAAACAAUUGGGAUGGUUAAUCGGUCGUUUACCUCAACUAAGAGAAUUAUCAAUACAGGGAUGUUCGUGGGCGGGAGUUUCGGCUUUGAGAACGUGCGUUUGCCCACCCUUACACUCGUUAGAUUUGUCUUUCGUGAGCGGAAUGAACGAUUCGUCACUACGGGACAUAUUGUCUCCUCCGCCGGAUUCCAGGCCCGGUUUAUUAGAAACUAAAUCAAGGUUGAGGCAUUUGAGGUGUUUGAAAAUAGCCGGGUGCGACAUAUCGGACGUGAGUUUGCGGUACAUCACUCAACACCUUCCCAAAUUGGCCGUUUUGGAUUUGUCGUCGUGCGGAAGGAUCACGGAUGCUGGAGUCGCUCAACUCUCGACAUCUCAAGCGACGACCAUAGACAUGUUGACGGACAUUGAUUUGUCCAAUUGUCGAUCGAUAACCGAAUUAAGUUUAGAUCAUUUACAAAAAUGCGUGAGGUUAUCCCGUAUAAAUUUAUCACACACUCCUCUCAUUUCGAACUUGUCCAUAUCGAAAUUCGUGUCGAAAAAUAAAAAUAAUUUGAGAGUGGUCGAAGGGAAAUUAAUAGAAAAAGUUUAA